AAGAGAAGAGCCAUUUGGUGCAGGAUUGGAUAAGGAAACUUAAAGAUGCUGUCUUUGAUGCUGAUGACUUGUUGGAUGCUGCUGCAACCAGAGCUUCACAGCUUCAGUUAGAGACCCAUGGGAGGAGAAUUAAGAAGGUCCCGAAUUCUGCUAUUUAUCAUGCUCAUUGAGCCCUGAAGCAACAAUGGACCUAAUGUUAGUAAAGAUGCGAAAGAAUUUUUGGAGUUGGUCUUCGACUAGGCCAAAUGUGAUGAUAAUCAUUCUUUCAGCAGAUGAACCUUUGAUGAUCAAAUUAGUGAUUUUAAAGGGUGGACUGUACAAUACUUAGAAUUUUUUCUCUGUACAAGGAGAACAUAAAUUGAUAUAGAAGGACAUGGAGGUUUGUGAUUGAUCAUAUUGGAUUCGUACUGAUCAUUUUAUUUUUUCAUGGGUGAUUUGCAUCCUGAUAUGUAAAAGGUAGUUACGUUGUUCAUAAACUCUAAAAUGAAUGGAAUGCUGAAAUAGACAAAAUCUCUUAGCAAUUUUCCUGGAAAUAUCUUAUCCACCCAGUGCAUUAGCUUCCAUAACAUUACUGAAAACAGUUUGUUUUCAGAAAGCUUCAUAAAGGUGCAACCCAGCGCUAGAAAACUGUAUCCUCUGUUAGGUACUAAAAUUUUCUAUUUUAGGCACUGAAGCCAAGAAAUACGAGUAGUGACGAAAAUGCAGGAAAUUUAAAAUUGAGAUCUGAUGGACAGAAGUGAAAUUACAAUACUGGUAUUUAUAUAUUUUUAGUGUUUUGUGUUCAAAAUUUAUGUAAAUAUAGAUUAGAAAUAUCGAGGCUAUUAAAGAAUAAAAGAAAAUAGGUGAAACAGUUUGCGUUUUCUUUUCUCUUCUGUUAUAAUUCAACUGUGACUUUUGUUAAAUCAUCUGCUAGGCCAUUAUAAUUUAACUGUAACGUUUAACCUUUGUUAGACCAUAAUACGAAAAUAAAGGUCCUCCAUCCAUAAUUUCUUAGCCUGUCUUCUCCAUGAUCCUUGUGAUAAACCACAAAAAUUGACAAACAAAAUAAAAAGAAACAGAAAACUCAGAAACUAGAGAGAGAGGAGAGAGGGGGUUGAAGAAGAAGAACAACUUUUGCUAAGACUAUCACUCUCUCCCCUUCCCCUCCUUUCUCUUAAUUUAUUUUUCUUCCAAGGAACCUUCUCAAGCUUGUCAUAGCCCAUUUUCCACUCUUUCUUAUAACCUUUAAUACAAGCAUUUCGUCUGUUAAGUUUCUCUGAGAAGUAAUGGAUGCAGCAAGAAGAGCAUUGUGUCUUGACGAUCCUUUUAAUCCACUCGUUACAACCACCUUACAAGCUUCAGGAAUUCUCGUCAUUUCCCACUUCUUUCAUCUUAUUUUGAAACCCUUAGGGCAGCCUGGGCCUGUCGCUCAGAUCUUGGCUGGAAUUGUGCUGGGCCCUUCUUGUUUGUCUCAUUUCAGCAUAGUCAAAGAUGUAUUUAUUCAAUCUUCUUCAGCUGAUUAUUAUGAAGUGUUUUCAUCUAUCUUCUGCAUACUCUUUAUGUUCUUGAUCGGUCUGGAGACUGACAUUCCUUAUUUAAGGCGAAACCUGCGGAAGGCAACCAUUAUUGCAUACGGAGGAUUGACAGUGUGUAGCAUAUUUGGACUUGCUACUUCUUAUUUUAUCAUCCAUAUGUUAAAGCUUACUGCCCAUCCGUAUGCUCUUGCCAAUCUUAUUAUGAUUAUCCUAUCAAAUGCAGCCUCUCCUGUAGUGGUUCGCUUGGCGGCUGAGUUAAAAUUUUCUACCUCAGACACAGGAAGAUUGGCAAUUUGUUCUGCUUUGAUCAAUGAAAUGUCUUGUGUACUUUGGUUUUCUGUUUUAGUUGCCUUCAUGUCAUGGAAAAGGUUCGGAUGGGCGAUUCUUUUCCUUUCCAUGACUAUUGGACUCAUUGUUCUGAACAAAUAUUUAGCUGCAUGGUGUGACCAAAGGGACCGCAAUCAAAAAUAUGUGACAAACACAGAGAUGUAUUUCAUCUUGCUUCUUAUCAUUGCUGUUUCAUUUCUGAUUGAAGAAUAUGGAUUCAACAGCACAAUUUCUUCUUUCUUCAUCGGCUUGAUGUUCCCAAGGGAAGGCAAAACUGCCAGGACAUUCGGAGUUAAGCUUGCUUAUGCUGUUCACAACUUCAUUCUUCCAAUGUACUUUGGCUACAUUGGGUUUCAGUUCGAUGUAACAUAUCUGAAUAAUUACAGAAAUCUCAUCGCAGUUGUCCUGCUGAUCAUCCUGAGCAUGGGAGGAAAAAUUAUUGGCACUUUAGUUGCCUGUCAUUACCUAAAUGUUCCUGUAUUAGAUGGAAUUAUCAUUUCUUUCUUACUCAACUUGAAAGGGCAUGCUGAACUUCUAGUAGUUGGAGUACUAAGCAAGUCCAUUUUAAGGUCAUGGUGGGAUCAAAAUGUUCACAAUUUGGUGGUUAUUGUAGUAGUACUUAACACAGUGAUCUCAGGACCUGCAGUGGCUUACAUAUUAAGGAAAAAUGGAAAGUACUUUUCUCAGAAACAUACCUCACUUGAAGUUCGCCAACCCGAGACUGAACUUCGGAUGCUAACUUGUGUCUAUGAUUCACGGAAUAUAACAGGGAAAAUUGGGUUAAUCUUUGCAUUGGGUGGAUCUCUAGCAACUCCAACCACUGCUUACUUGAUGCAUCUAGUUGAGCUCCCAAAACGACAUCAAAAGAAGAAGCUAAUGUACCAUCAACUACGAGAUGGAGAUCAAUUUAGUGAUGAAGAGGAUUAUGGAGGGAAUGAUGUUUUGGAGAUAAACGAAGCUGUGGAUGCAUUAACAAUGGAGAACAAAUUCUCAAUCCAUCAGAGUAAAGUUGUAUCAUCUUUUCCAAGAAUGUAUGAAGAUGUCUGCGAUGGAAUUGAGGACUUGAGAGUAUCAAUUGUCUUGCUCACAUUUCACAAGCACCAGCGCCUUGAUGGACAAUUGGAGAAUGGCAGGGAAAUCAUCAGAUUAACUAACCAAAAGAUUCUGCGUCAUGCCUCUUGCUCGGUUGGGAUAUUCGUGGACAGAGGACAGACAGGAUUUCAACUGCCUACCUCUGAAACAGUACAGAACAUAGCAACAUUGUUUUUCGGAGGCCCUGAUGAUCGUGAAGCGUUGUCUUGCAGCCAAAGGAUUGUCGCGCAUCCUCAUAUUAAUUUCACACUCAUCUGCUUCCUGCCAUCAUCACCAAAUGAACAGAAAGGUUUCGUUGACAAAACAUCCCGUCGAAAUAGCGAAGUACUAAUGGAAAUGUACGAACAUGACAUGGAAGCCGAAACUGACAAGGCGUUUCUUGAUGACUUCUGUAACAGAUACGUGGCCUCAGGGAAAGCAGGAUACGAGGAGAAGUAUGUGGAUAAUGGGAUGCAGACAUUAGAGGCUUUGACAGAACUGGGACAGAGGUUUUCUCUGUUGAUAGUAGGGAAGGCAGGGAGAAAGAACUCUCCCAUCACUACAAGUUUGAGCGACUGGGAAGAGUGUCCAGAACUCGGAAGGAUUGGAGACAUUUUGGCAUCUUCAGAAUUCAACAUCAAUUCUUCAGUUUUAGUCAUUCAACAGCACCAAUGAUCAGAAACUAACCUUUAGAACAUGUUAUUAAUUAGGAAUGGUCAAUACUAAUUUAGCUUCAGUUAAUAGAACAUAAUUAUCUGCUGGUUUGAAAAUAGAUCUUAAUAUUGAAACUAGAUUCGACAAUGUUAUAACAUACUAAUCAUUUAACAAGUUUGCCUAGAAUGAUGGUCUUACUAAACAAAAUACUAAGUAAUUACUGGGUAUUCCGUCCUUUUAAUUCUAAACAAGAAUUUUUUUCA